CCUCCUUCGCUAUAUUCGUGGUCAGAUAACUGGGAGAUCUAACAAUCCACACACUCAACAGAUUCAACACCGGACAUCACGGAAGAAAUGGACUUCAAAAUGGUCGGCUCAUACCCUGAGAGCCCUCCGGGCGAGGCUCAUGAACAAAUGACACCCGAUACCGGUCCAGACAUCCCUCAACGGCUUCCCCACCGGUGCCCGGAAGGCUCUAACUGUCAACCCAAGCCUGUAUUGGCAAAGUAUACAGCAGAAGCAGUUAAAAGGAUGGUUUCCGAGUGGCUUGCAGAGCUGCCCCAGGGCCCUACAUAUCCAGGCACCAUCCGGAUCAGCGAGACCGGCGAAUUUCGCAUCGUUAAUGGUGUUGCAUCUGGGCCUUCCUUGGAAGAUAUGGCGAAGGAGCGCAAGGUCCGUGUUAGGGCCAUGUAUUUGAUGGAAGCGAUGCGCACAGUUCUUGGCUACCGGUUGCUGUGGAAUCGACAACCGCCGUGGGAGAAUAGCGCUACGGAGUCGUGCGAUCAGCAGGCUUGGCAUAUGCUCAGCCGUCUUUGGGAGCUUCAGGGUGUAGGUGAAGAAUCGGACCCUGAGAUUGAGCAGCGCAUUUGCCUCAAGGUUGCUACCAUGAGGAAUUUCCGUACGGGUCAUUUACUGCAUGAUGAAAAUGAGUUCAAUUCAGAGUGGGGGCGCGAGGCCAAGAAAUGGCUCGUUGACCGCGAGAAGUCAGGAGCGUGCUUCUGCUUUGAAUAGCUUAUAGAGAGACGGAGGUGAACCACUGAAGAGUUUUGGAUUUGUGCAAUGGCUGUACGAUUGCAAAUGUGCACAUUUGGCCUGUCAUUCACA